UCAACGGGUCUCUCUUUCUUUUCUUGGCGUCCAAUUCCUCGUCAUUGUCCUUCCAUUUCAAACACAACAUUGCUGUCAAGAGUCCCUGUCAUUGCGGCAGACUCUUUAGUUCCUGACACCUGUGCUUAUUGCAACAGCAGCUGAAGCCACGAGUCGAGUGCUCAGUCGAGUCGAUCCAUCUUUUGAUCGUCAUUGUCAUUGACGAAAAUGCCGAAGCAUCAACCCUCCCCCAAUGAUGGUGAAGGGAACCAGCUAAAACAUCGACGGGAUCUUUGUGAGUCCACUGCAAGCGAAAAGCUGGAGUCCAUCAUUUUUCAAAGCAUCCAAUGCAACCGCUUGUGCGAUGAAGAUGCGGAGCAAGUUGUUGCCAUUUGCGAGGAACAUCCGUCAUUGGUCACCAGCAGAUUCCACAACAGAAUUACUCCCCUCGCCUUUUUGAUCAUUGGCGGUGCCAGGUUGAAAGUGAUCAAAUCCUUCUGCGAGAAAUUUCCACAAGCCACGAAGCUGAAAUGGAGCCCAAGUACUACGUGGACGGCAGCAGGACUCCCACUCCAAACAGCGUGCCGCAUAGGUGAUCUACUUGCCAGUGGAAUCAUUCCGUUCUUAGCUGAGACCAGCCCUGAGGCAGUAAAUGUUGACUCAAUCGUUAGUCUUUGUCGCAAUAAUCGACCAUUGGUGGACAUCGUGGCGCUGGUGGAUGCCGUCGUUCAAUGCGGCGGCCUCCAAUCCCAGCAAGACCAGGAACAUGUACUGAACAGUGCCUUUGAAUCUUCAAACUAUCAAUACACUCGACAAGAUAUAUUGAAUUACCUCAUUCCAAACUGCCCAAAGCUUUCAAAAUUCCCGGUCUAUGGGUUAUCCUACCACUUUGCAAGCCACUUGGACCAUUGCAGGACCAUGGCGAGACUGUUGCCACAACUUGUCAAGUUGGACGUCAAUAUCAAUUGGAAACUACAUGGAGAAUUCUCUUGGCAGACUUUCACAGAAGCAUUGCAGGGUUCUCGUCAGUUGGAAACCCUUUCGCUGGAGCUUUGGAGCCGCAAGUGCCAAGAAUCGCAUUAUACCCUCUCACGGCCCGUUCCCCUCUGGGUUUGGAAUCCUCUGUAUGCAGCCAUUGGCUCCAUUCCAACCCUCAAGACAUUGUACCUUGCAAGAGUGCUUGGCAUGGCUGAUUCUGUCGGGGGCAUCGCAAUCACAAAGACUGUGGUAAAAGUCUUGGGGCGAAACAGGUUGGAGAGUUUGACUUUGAACGGCUUUCGUGCUGACCUCGACAUCAUAUUUGUCGCAUUGAAGCAGUCUGUGCAUCUUCAACAUAUUGAUAUCAAGGGUUGUGUGGAACAGAAUCACCGUCAGGAGAUUUUGAACCAUGUAAAGGCAGAGAAUGCAACAUUGACUCGCAUUCGAGGCGACCUGCUGGGUCCAACGAAAUUGACUCAACUUGCACCCGGCGUGGACCGGAUGGAACCCAUUGAUGAAGUUGGCGUACAAAUCAACUACUAUUGUGGUCUCAACAAACUUGGCCGGGGCUUGGCUCGGGAUGCGGCAACCUCUGCAGAAGUUCUCGUCGGCCUAUUGAAGGAGGCAAUGCGAGGAGAUUGGAACGCAUCAUGGGCUCCAAAGAAAUUGGGCAAUGUCUUUGGUCUCUUGCGUGAAAACCCAAGCAUCUGGUGCAAAAACUAGUUCUGUUUCUCCAACACGCAGGAGUCGAGUCUGGGAGUUCUUUUCGGGUCUUCUGCAAGUUUGGAACUAA